UUCUUGCCAUUCGCCAUGACUCAAUAUUGUCAUUUUGUGAUUAAUAAGAUUGUGAUUAUGAUUAUCUAAAGACAGAUUGAUCGGAAGUUAUGAUAKUUAUUCGCUUUUUGUUGUCGUCCCGGCAGCAGCAAAUUGGGAAAAGUUGGUCUCUAUGAGAAACAGUUGCAUACAUUGCCGCCUACAUAUGRAGUUUAUGGUUUUCCACAAACUGUGGAAUGAUAACAAAUAGUGAUUGUUGCUGUUUGCUGAUGCGUCAUAUUGUGAUUAGAUUCAUUUAUCUAUUMUUACUGAAUUAACAUGAACGUAUCGCGGAUCGUCUUAUUUAUCCCCUCGUUUGUGAAAAUUUUAUCAGUAUUUAGACCCGAAUUUUCAGUUGUUUAAACAGUCUUCAGUUGAUAAGUCGCGUUUUACUCUCGUCAGUUGUUUUGUUGCAACAUAAUUAAUAUACAUCAGCAUUAGUCACAGCUCCCAUACAUACGGAAGUUAUAAAAGCUUGCACUUGGCUAUGGAUAGACCAGUACCAGCACCCAGAGAGGGUAAGAGACCCGUACCAACUCCCCGCAGUCGAAUUAAGGCUAAUCCUGAGCCGGAGAUCAAAUCUGAUUCUGAAAAAUCAGAUGCCAUUGCGGAGGAAGCAGUUGUAGGCAACAGUAGAGUUCAAACAGCUGCAGAAAACCUUUGUCUACCCAACUCGGAUAAAAUGGAUACGGAAAGAAGUGACCAGUUCAACACAUUUUCUAAGAGAGUUUCCAGUGCUUCUAAGCAAAUCGCAGGGGAUUUGGGACAAAUGGUGCACGACCGCAAAAAAGCCGUCAUUGAAGGUACCAGACAAAGCAUGAGGCGGCUCACGCGCCGCUUUAGUUCCACGUCUCAGGACCAAAAAAAAGACAGUCAAGAAGCUGAGAAUAAUCAGGAUUAUGGAGGAACAAUUGAGAUGUUCAAUAAUAUCAGAUUUGACUCGCCUCUAAGAAGUGCUAACAGCAUUUACAGUAACGUCGACAAUGAAGUCGAAGCUGGAUCUUCGAACGAGUCGUUAAAUUUACCGCCUCCCAUUCAUCCUCCGCCACCUUUACCCGAUGAAAGUUUGUAUGAUGCACCUUCCAAUUGUUCACCGAUUGCUUCCAGUAGUAAUUCGAGCAAGUCAGGGAUCGCGCCGCCAACGAAAGGGGAAGAAUACGAAAGAGUUUUUCCUGCCUAUCGUUACAACAGCGAAUCAGAUAUUUGCAUUGACAACACCGAAAUGAAACUUGCCGAAAAUGUAGAUCUUACACGAUCAGCAUCUUGGGCCUUUUACGACAGCGUGGCAAACUCUAUGAUACAAGAGGCGAUUUACGGAAACAUUUCAAGCUCAAAUGAACCGUCGCAAUUAGAUAUAAUUGUGGAAUCCAACAAUUCAACAAGAAUCGAAACAUUAUUGGUUCCUGAUAAAAUUAACAAUGCAAAACCCUCAGAUUAUCAAAGGACUCUGUCGAAUGUCUCUGCCGAGAGUCACUCGAACUCAAUGUAUGAAAAUCAUGUAGUGCCCAGAAGACAGACUCAGGAGAAAGAGGACAAAAUUAGGGCAUCAAACAGCGUCCUUAUGCAGUUCGAUCCUUUGAAUCAUGAAUCGAGUGGCACACAAUUUUCCGAAAUGAACCUGCUGCAAGAAUUGCUCCAAGAGGACUUGUACGGUGACAUUUCAGAAUCCUACACAGUUGACGAAGGGGACUGGAGUGUAAGCAAUGAGUCCGAUAGCGGCGAAUUUUUAAACCCACCCACACCCCCUAUGAGGUUCGACUCCUUACCCGAAGAGGAAUCAAAGGAAACGGAAAAAUCUGUGUCAGACUCGUUGGAAACGGAGAAGACGUCGAGCAAAUACCAACAUGAGACUAAGUCGAGAAGUAACUGGUAUACGGAUACGCACUUAGCUCCCUCCAGGCCUCCCACUAUAGAGCGCAAGAAAAGUUGGCUAAAUCAAGUAAAAAAGCAUGUGCUGGUGAAGGCCCCUGAUGUUUUUAAGAGCAAAACAUCUGACAAUCUUGUGGAGCGUCCAGUAUUAGGGGGCAAACAUUUUGUCAAUAAAAGAGGGAUGUUGUAUAAGGUUCAGGGUGGUCCAGUCGAAGAGAUUUUCGGUGAAUACAGUGGCAGGUGGUGCGUAUUGGAGAACGCAGAUUUGUUUUGCUAUGCGGACAAUACUUGUUUACAUCUUAAGGAGCAUUUUCCGGCCGCCAAUAUCCUCAGUAUCCAACUUCUUCAAGAUGCAAAAUAUAAAUAUAGAUAUGAUAAUGAUGACUUGCAUUGUUUCGAACUCAAUAUCACAGGCAAAAGUAGAGGCGGGCACGUAUACGGAUCUCGCAGUAUAAGCGAGAGAAGGAUUUGGUUGCAAUGUUUGGCUGAAAUGCUAACGCAGAGAUUUAAAUCUCGACUUACGACGAACUAUAAACGAAUGGGGUGGGCUUAUGUUCGACAAGGUGUUAGUGGCAAAUGGGCUGGCGCUUGGAUUAUGUUAUCUGAGCGUGAACUGCAUUUUGCUGUUGAUCGGCACUCGGUAAAGACAGUCGAUUUAAGAAAGGCCAGAUGUAUUGUUCUCCAUAGCUACCAGGAUUCCGACAAUAAUCCCAAAACGAGUGACAAGGGACCGAAUAUGUUAGUGGAUUGUCCAGAUGUGACCUUACACUUGAGAAUGUGGACGGCCCGAGAGACCAAGGUGUGGUGUCAUAUCGUUAAGCUGGAAGCGCAUAAUAAUGGAGCCAAUAUAGAUCAACAGCAACUGACCAAAAACGACAUUCCAGUUAUUGUGGAAAAGUGUAUUAAUUUUAUUUUCGCAUACGGCAGUAUCUCAGAGGGAAUUUACCGGAAAGCGGGCACCAGUUCUGCGAUUUCGGAGCUGUUGGCUAAAUUCCGGAAGGAUGCAUUUGCCGUGCAGCUCACUAAAAGCGACCAUUCGGAGUACGAAGUGGCUACUGCUCUGAAACGUUUCUUCAGAGAGUUGCCCGAACCUCUUUUCGGCUGUGAUCACCGGCAAUAUUUAUAUGAAGUGGCUAAACAUAAUGUGAAAGACGAAAAGAUCCGCAUGUUCAAAGCAGCACUUGAUCAACUUCCACCCGUUUCGUACAAAACCGCAAAGAAGCUAUUAGGACAUUUGCACUUCAUAAGCAACCAAAGUGCAAAAAAUCUGAUGACAGUGGAGAAUCUGGCUUCGAUUUGGGGCCCGACACUGAUGCAUUACGAAGACAAAGAUCGGCCGGCCGCUACCAGCGGAGCACAUCAUGUUCAGGAUGCAGAGGUCGUAUGCCAAUUAAUACGGCAUUAUCGGUCUGUGUUUCCUGAAGAUCCCAGUGAAUUGGAGAAGGAGCAAUUGAUGUUAAAGGUAUUGCAAAAGUGCCUUCAAAGCCCUCAAGGAGUCGUGAACCCAAAGACGUCAGGAGAUCUUCGAGUUUGGAUCUAUCUGUUUAAUAAAGAAGGGAAGGCUCACAACAUUGCCAUUGGCCCAAAUCGAACCGCCUAUGAAGUGUGCGUGGAAUUGGGGGAAAAAAUCAAUACUCCCGUUCACGAGAUCAUUUUGGAAGAAGUUAUUCUGAGCGAGCGUCUGUUCAGACCUAUCCAUCACACUGAAAAGGUGCUUGAUGUAGUUCUGAAAUGGGGUUACUGGGACGCUGCAGACCGAAAGGACAAUUAUUUAACGUGCGUGAACUUAUCAAAAUACUGGGAGUACAUCAUAGAAAAACCGUUGCCAAUUUCCGGAGAAUUGAGGUUUGCUGACAGCAAAUCGAAACUUUUCAAGACGUUAAUGUUCCAGUUCACCCAAGGAACUUUGUCUGCCUUCAAAGAUAAAACUAGUGAGAUCAACAUUCAUUCAUGGCAAGUCGAAAAGCUGAUUUGCUAUUUAGGCCAUGAGUGCAAAAGAAGUCCGCAAUCCAGAUGGACGAUGACUUUUCUGGAAAACGACUGCCCCCCUAAUCGAACUAAAGGCAGUCCGUUUUUCGGAAACGUUCUGGUCUGGAACGAUGCUGCGAUGAGAGCGAACUGGAUCAGCGCCAUACUCAAAGCAAAGCAUCCUAAUAAUCUUACUCCGCCUCCAAAAUUAGUAUCCAUUUAGAGCAAGCUGUAAAGGUUUACUAAUUAUGGGGACUGCAGUUGUGGUUGUUAAUUGUUGCAUUUUAAAAAUGUGUUGUCUUUCUCGUUCUCGCCAAAUGGAGUCUCGAGAUUUGCGAGAUAUUGCUCACUUAAUAUGAGGAAAUUGAUUCUAUGAAUCAAUCCAGAAUACGCUUGCAUAAAAUGGCAGGGGUUCAUACAUUGAAAACAAAUUCUAGGGCUUCUAUCAAUUUUGUAUUGUAACUUCAACAUCUUAACGUAUUCUUGCCACUAUUAUUAUGCCAGCUGAUUAAAAAACUGAAAAUAUGUAUUUUUAAACUUUGCUUUUACAAUUGUUAUGUAUAUUAUGGAAACUUGUAGUUUUAAUAUUGUUCUAAUAGUAAGUUUUACAAAAGCUGCACAAACUGCAGGUUGGCAACUUAAAACACUAUGCAGGUAUGUUGUAAAUAUAGAAAAUGUGCUCAUUUUUAUUACGAUAGUUUUACCAUUUGUAUUAAAUAUUGCAACACACAGAAACCAUGCGGCUUCAGGCUUUUUUUUGAGCAGGAAUGUGAUAGCUGCCCAUUACAUAUAUACAUUUUUUGACAGAGUUUUACCAGUUUUUUUGCAAUAUUGUUGUAUAUUUGUAUAUUGCUUAGUUGAGAGAAGGACAUGUAUUUAUAAUUGAUAGUGUUAUUAGAUAUAAACCACCAGUUUUUA